GUUAAAUGAAGACAAUUACCUAUUAAUUACCUAUUCAUUAUAUUAUAUUAUCCUGUUCUCUUAUCAGUGCUUACGCUCGUCUAUGACCGAUUUGCGGGGAAUACCCCUCACGUGACCACCGUUAUCUCCGCCGCUUCUCCGACGUCACCGUCCAGCAACGCGAGUGGAAGACGAUGAAGCGUCUCGACUGGCUAUCGCGGGCGAUGGCUGAGAUAAGAGCAGGCUGGGGGCAGGGGUAGAAGCUACUAAUGAACCAACAGACACGUUUAAAGUCUCCCUCUACUGACCGUCUGUCCCAGAUUAAUUGGGAGGUUGCCUUGCUUUGGAUCGCCACGCGUCGAUCCCCUCCCCUCUCAUUCCAACAAAGAGCGAAUUAAUACUCACGCCAUUGUCUCGACCCUUAUAUCUCGAUAAUAUAAACAGAAAAAGAAGAAGAAAAAACAUCGGAAAGGAUGUCGUUGCCUCGCGUCUCGUAUCUCGAGUCAUGGGAGCACAGCCCAGCCGCGUUCUGGCGUCGGCAGUCGUCGAUCACCGAUUCAGAACCAGAAGACGAGCUCCAUCAAGAGCUUCCAGAGACGUCGCUGUCCUCUUCCUUCCCCUCGAUAUAUAGUCACCACCGCCUCAACUUCAAUCCGUACGCGGCGCCCGGGUGGAGUCGCGCCUCGGUCGAAGAUGCGAACGACGACCGUGUCUCCUUCUUCCAGAGCUCCAGUGCCAAUGUCCACAAGAACAACCAUACGGAAAUUGCGCCAGAUGAGCUAGAACCACAGUAUGUGGCUUUUAAGGAACCAGAGGGAAUAGCUCCCUUGACGACGGGGGCUUUUGAAGUCAGCAAGGCGAAGAGAAUCGUCCAAGUCUUCAUCGCUGUGGUCUACUGCUUCCUUGCAGCAGGUGUCGUCUUUGGGUUUGCCGCCAUCAAGCCGGUGCUCAUCCGCGAGGGGGUAUAUCGGCAUCUGUGCUCCCAGGAGGAGCUUGACACGGGCGCUCUGGUUUGCUAUGGACAAGAGAUUCGUCUCAACCUGAUGUUCACCAUUGCGGCCGUCGCGACCAAUGUCUCGGCGCUGCCCGUAGGGACCAUUCUCGACACGUAUGGCCCGCGAGUCUGUGGGAUCAUCGGGAGCGUGUGUCUGGCGCUGGGCGCUGUCUUGUUCGGGUUUGCCGCCCAGUUGCCCUUUGACGGCUAUAUCCCCGGCUAUCUGUUCCUCUCGCUGGGCGGGCCGUUUGUUUUCAUCUCCUCCUUCCACCUCUCCAACACGUUUCCGGCACGAUCGGGCUUGAUCUUGUCCAUGCUGACCGGCGCCUUCGAUGCGUCCAGCGCGCUCUUCCUGGUGUUCCGUCUGGUCAAUGAGAAGACCGGGGGUGCCUUCUCCACGACCAAGCUCUUUUCGAUCUACCUGACCGUCCCGCUCUUCAUCCUGUUCGUCCAACUGUCCGUCAUGCCCGCCACGUCCUACAAGACCGUCGGCGAGCUCGUCGUCGAGGCCGAGACGCAGAUCAUGGAGGAGGUCCACGACCAGGUCGACGCCAGCAUCCCUGAUCCCCGCGAGGGCGAACGCCAACGCAACGACCGUCGUAUGCACCGCCACAGCAUCGUCAGCCAGAUCCAGGAUCUGCUCCAAGAUAGCCCGGACGAAAGCUCGCCCUUCCAGACACCAACAUUUCCGGGGUCGCCCGGAUCCCCCGAAUCUCCCGAGAAUAAUGGCGGUUCUCAGCAGCAGCCGCGGCCCGCGGCCCUGAAACCCAAACCGCCCGCGUCGCAGCCCGCCGUCGGCGGCGUCUGGGGCGCGAUGCACGGGUUCUCUGCGCUGCAGCAGAUCCAGUCCCCCUGGUUCAUCCUGAUCACCUUGUUCACCGUCCUGCAGAUGCUACGAAUUAACUACUUUGUCGCCUCGAUCCGACAGCAGUACGCCUACCUACUCGACUCCCCCGCGCUCGCCCGCCAGAUCAACGAUGCCUUCGACCUCCUCCUCCCGCUCGGCGGCCUGGUCUCCGUCCCCUUCAUCGGCACCGUACUCGACUCUCUCCCGACGCGCACCGUGCUCGCCUUACUCGUCGGGGUCGCCUCGCUGAUCGGUCUUCUCGGCUGCAUCCCCGCCUGCCUCCCAGCCGCGUACGCAAAUCUCGUCCUCUUCGUCCUCUACCGGCCCUUCUACUACACCGCUGUCUCGGACUACGCCGCCAAAGUGUUUGGAUUUCAAACCUUCGGCAAAGUAUACGGUCUGAUCAUUUGUUUGGCGGGGAUGGGCAACUUCGCCCAGACCGCCCUCGACACCCUCACUUUCAAAUCUUUCCAUCGUAAUCCUAUCCCCGUCAAUGCUGCUCUGACACUAGCCGCUUGCGCUGUUGGUGUCGUCCUGGUGAUUUUUGUGUCGGUUCGUGUUCGCGCCAUGGCUGCCGCGGGUGUCGUCGGCGAGAUGGACGUCCAGGAUGAUUGUCCCUCUUCUCCGCAGGUCUCGGAACAGGUUCAGAUUGCUGUUCGGGAUUGGGAGCGUGAGCCUUUGAUACGGGAUGUGCAGCGCUCGUAUGUUUAAUAUAUAUAAAUCAUAUUGAAUAGCCUCAUGUAGAAAGACUAGUGUACUCCUCAAGUACAAUGAUUGCUCUAAUCCAAG